AUGCACACGCUGUGGGUGCGCGAACACAACCGCGUAUGCGACCAACUGGCCGCGCAGCAUCCGGAAUGGACGGACGAGUGGCUAUACGCCGCGGCCAGGCGGAUAUUGGUCGGCCAGAUGAUGGGCAUCAUGAUCAACGACGUCCUGAACGUGGGCGGCAACCGGUGGCCGUCCAAGCACGACUCGGCGGCACGGUGGGCCGCCGGCGAUCGUCCGUCCACCACGCCCUUGGAAAUGUUGCUGACCAUGAUGAUGCCGUCCGGUGGUGCCGGUGCGCAUACAGGGUUCGAGAACGCUAAGGCGGGCUCGACGUCUUUCCAUCGCGACAGCAGCCGAUUGUUGGAUAGCGAUAUAAGCGAUACCGUCAAGCUGAUGGUGGACCAACCGAUGGGCGCAAUGAGUAACAACAACGGCAGUGCCGAGACGGAGCCGUUGACGAAGGUUCUGAUGAAGCUGUCGAGAGAAAAUUCUGUGCAGAGCUUCAACAGAUAUCGGACGCACUUGGGUCUGCACGCUUAUGGAAGCUUUUACGAGCUCACGGGCAAUCGUGAAGUUGCCAGGAGAUUGGAAUCGUUGUACGAGAACGUCGACAACGUGGAACUGUUGGUCGGAAUGUUUGCGGAGAAAACAAGUGAUAACUCUGUUCCCACGUUUACGGUAAUGAUGAAUAGCUAUAUCGUCAAUUCAAUUGUGACGAAUCCUCUAUACACCAAAACCAUGUGGAAUUCCGAUACGUUUGGCGGCGAUUAUGGGUUUUCCUUAGUAAAGUCUGCCAGCAUUAGAACGUUCAUCUGUAAUAACUUACAAGAUGAAUGUGACAACAAUGAGCUUAUUGUUGACCUCUAUACUAAAUAA